AUGCACCAGCGAAAGCGAGAGAGAGGACGAGAGAGAGACAACAAACGAGAGAGAGAACGAGAGAGAGAGAGAGAGAGAGAGAGAGAGAGAGAGAGAGAGAGAGAGAGAGAGAGAGAGAGAGGGAGAGAGAGAGAGAGAGAGAGAGAACGAAAAAGAACGAGAGAGAGAACGAGAGAGAGAGAGAGAGAGAGAGAAAGAGAACAAGAAGAGAGAGACCGAGUGAGAAAGAAGGAGAAAGAGAGAACGACAGGAGAACGAACGAGAGAACGAACGAGAGAUAGGGAGAGAGAGAGAGAGAGAGAGAGAGAGAGAGAGAGAGAGAGAGAGAGAGAGAGAGAGAGAGAGAGAGAGAGAGAGAGAGAGAGAGAGAGAGAGAUUUCAAUCAACUGCGGAAAAAACCUAUGUAGCAUAGGGGACAAUAAUAGAAACUAA